AGCAAUAAUGGGGUUCCCAAGCACCACGCCUCUGUGCAGGCUUUCAAGCAAUGGCACGUCUAGUCCGUUCCUCCAACGGACGAACUUUGAGCAAACGGACCAGCGCUUCGUGGGUCCAGGAGCUACAUAAGUGACUUGUCUGCGAAGCAACUCAGGGUACACGUCUUAUACUGAUCAUAUGAUUCGUAUCUUUUUGCAUCUGCUGCCCUCUCUCUCCUCUGGGCCCAUCUCAAGCAUCGAUAUCCGAAAUCAUACUGCGUAGCCAUGGCCGCUCUCGUUCGAAUGUUCAGAAACAAAUGGAUUACGCCAUCGCAGCCCACGAGUGAAGACUACAGUGGCAGAAACAUCGUUGUCACAGGAGCAACUUCGGGCAUCGGAAAAGAAGCUGUAUACAAGUUUGCUGUGCUGGGCGCCUCCAAAGUCAUCAUCGCCGCACGUGACUUGAAGAAGGGAGAGUCGACCAAAGCCGAACUCGCAAAGAGACUUGGUCGUGACGACCAGCUGGAGGUGUGGGAGCUUGACAUGAUGUCCUACGACAGCGUCGUCGCUUUUGCAGAACUUGCACGCGAGCUUGAGCAUCUCGAUGUUGCCAUCUUGAAUGCUGGUCUGCGGCGCUCAUCCUAUCAUGCCGGCGAGCAGGGCUGGGAGGAGGAUCUGCAGGUCAACACUCUUUCCAGCGUGCUCCUGGGUGUUCUCCUCCUGCCCAAGUUGAAGCAGUCGAAGCAUUACACCGGCAAGACGCCCGUACUCGAAUUCGUCAACUCCGGUCUCCACCAAAGCGCAGUUGUGCCCACCGAAGUACGACAACAACCGAGCAUCCUCGAGUACUACAACACACGCGAACACUUCAGGGAGGGCAGCCAGUACAAGUACAGCAAGGUGUUCCUUAUGUAUGCCACAAACAAGCUCGCCAGUGAGAUAUCCUCUGCAGACGCCAUCAUCACGUCCAUCAGUCCUGGAUUCGUCCAUAGCAAUCUGGGACGCGAUCACUACUUCCCUGGCGUCUACGUUUUGGCUGCUGUCAUUAUCUUCCUGAUCAUGAAGUCGCCAUCACAAGGGGCGAACUUGAUCCUGAGUGGAACAAGCCAAGGCGAAGCAGUUCAUGGGAGGUUUUGGCAGGAUGAUAAGAUCCAGCCAGUCCCACUUGCAGUUGCAGGUACUGAGAUGAAGGAGCUGGGCUUGAGAGUCUGGGACGAGAUUGUCGAGACGCUGAAGAAGGAUGUACCAACUUUCUCGAAGGCUCUUGACGCGGCACGCUACAGGCGUUAGAAGAGCCAAUGGUACUUUGUGAAUGUAUCCUUUGCAACGAGCAUGUUCGUGUGCAAAGCUUUGGUGCUGAGUGACAGACAAGGCCCAUUCGAGUGGAUGGCCUGGAACAGCGCACAGACUUCAGCCAUGACGUGUGAAGGUCGU